CAAAAUCUUCUUAUUCUACAACUCGAGUAUGUGCAUUCAACUUCGUAAUUGCAGAGCACAAAUCUACCUGCGAUCAAGUUACUGGACUCGGGGAGAAAAGUUUGCCGGGCGAGCUCGGGUCGUGCUUGGCUGAGCGUCAAUUAGAUCGGGGUAAACCUCUCCUACAAUAGCCGGGCGGCUAGAGCUCAAAUAGCUCACUUAUUUAUGCUCGGAAUGGAAGGGGUUUUUUUCACGCCGCUCUGGGUGUAAAGAUGCUAGACUUUAUGUCUUGGAUGUAACUAGGUUUGAGCGUGGAAGGUUGAGCAGCGAGCUUUUCCCCUUGAUCAACCAGUUAGCUACCAGUACCAUAAAUUGCUGCACACCUGAGCCGACCGGUUUAGGACUUUAGUGCAAAAUAGUAUCUCUAUAGGAGAUCCGGGUGUCGCGUGGUGAUCUCCUUCCAUCCGUGUGGUUGCCAGGAGAAUAGCCCGGGGACAGCCAACUUAAGGCCAUGCACCAGCUGUGUUACCUUAGUCUCACCUGAGAUUUACCUGUUGACGGAGGAAAUCUUUAAUUACGGUCAUCAUACUCGCCUGGAUUUUAACUAAACGAAUGACAGUAGCCUGUGGUACAUAUUCGGGAAUAAUGCGUUGCCCACCUUUGUGACUGUUGCACACCUGGGGUUUAUGUCUUGGUGGGGUAACUCUCUACUUGCUAAAUUAAACCACUUGGAUUUUUACCUGUUUGAGUGACUGAAAUACAGACGGGAAUUUCAUGUUUAACCCCGAGAGACUGAUUGAUGGACACCUCAACGAUCACUUGAGACUUGAACGCGGUCAAUUAUUUUUUACACUUAAACAAGUGAUGGACUGUUACGCCUAGAAUUUACAAGACUGAUGAAACUACAAUCUUGGCGAAUUGAGCACCUAUUAAAUAACUUUUGGGGCAAUUUGCUUGCUUUUUCGAACAUGUAGACACGUGAGGAUUGAUUUGGACUAGAUUAAGGGCCUUUUAUGCUGUUGACAUACAGCAUCCGUGUUACUACAUUAUUUAUUGAAUGCUACGGUAUAAUAUGAUCAACUGAUCGACUUAUCCUCCUAUUUUCUUGUACCUACAUUAACCUGAAAUCACUGAGUGAUAAAACUUGCCUCUAUUUAACUUACACAUAUUUGGAUGUUACCUGAGUGGUCAGCUGAUAUUCACUUGGAUUUCUUGAUUGACGGACUUGAGUGGAAUUAACUCAUAGAAUUAAUCCUGGAAGUCACCUCACUGGCUAACUCAUAUACACCUGGAUUUUCUGGAGAGACUGUAAUUAGCCGAUAUAUACCCUGGCAGUAACCUAUUUGUAAUUAACAAACCUGUGUGUACACACCUGUCAACAAAAAGACGACCAUGAAGCCUUUGGAAGAGAGACAGUCGUGUAACGGUAUUGUGAUAAGUCUCCAUCCACCGUCAGAUUUAGACACAGAGGACGAUGACGACCUCUCUCGUCAUACCCCCUCCACCCCACGUCAACCCUUCCCCACCGUUCGCCAUCCGCCUUCAACCUCCUCAGGUUACUGUAGAGCCAGUGACAACAGUCUGCCUAAACCACGGGUCAAACUGCCGUCGAGAUACUUGGUCCGCUUGAGCAGGGCAUCGCUGGACCCGGACCAUAACUCUAACACGAAAAUAGACUACCCUAACCCUCUACCAAACGACAAGGAGAAUAGGGAGCGAGACUUGGAACAAGCAUUAAAAUGGAUACGGCAAGAAAUUUUGCUGAUGCGAGAACAGGACAAAAUGCUGAGGAGUCAGUUCAUUGGCCUUCGCUCCAGAAUAUUACAGUUCCGGUGUUGGUUGGAGAUCUACGGGUCGACAUCAGAUAUGAGCAGUCUUGACGGAAGUUCCAUGUCGCUGGAAGAAAGUCGAAGUCUACUGUCACUAAACUCCUCCGGCCAUUCCGGAGGAUCUUCGCUUCUCAGUCCAGACAAUGAACUGGAGUUCCGGAACCGUACGUCCUCAAUGAGGAUUGUCCGGCGGCCUCCGUCUAUCUGCCCGCGAAUCUCAGAAAAACGCAGGAGUAAAGAGUACGCAUGACCGAGGGGUACACGUGAUGAUAGUGUAACAAGCAGUAUAUGUAACAGUAUAAUAAGUGGUACAUAAGCGUGACUGUGUAACAAAUGGUACAUAAAGCGUGACAGUGUAACAAGUGGUAUAUAAGCGUGACAGUGUAACAAGUGGCACGUAAGCGUAACAAGUGCUACAUAAGCGUGACAGUGUAACAAGUAGUACAUAAGCGUAACAGUGUAACAAGUAGUACAUAAGCUUGACAGUGUGACAAGUGGUGCAUAAGCGUGACAGGAGGAUAAAAUGUAUGACAAGAUGAAGGAAAGCAAGUCAAGAUAAUGAAAACAGGGAUACAAUAAUUGAAGUAGUGGUAUAAUGAUGAGGAUGGAGUUGAUAGGAAGUAUGGCACUCAGAAAUCACUUACACGUGAGAGACACAUUGCCCACGUGGCGGAUAAAUUACGCACGUGGCUGACACAAUGUGUACGUGGUACAUAGAAUACAUGUGACCAAGUCAGGUGAAUGAUGACUCUCACGCCUGAUAUGUAGGAUCGAACCUAAGUCUAACACGGUGAUGAUCCGAACAAGCGACAUAAUACACCACAGGUCAAUAACUAAAGUCUUCUAUCCUUUGUUUUAACGAUUUCACUAAACAUGUGAGAGUUCUACGCAUAUCAUUGUAUUCUAUAGACCAUGUUUAGCUCUGAUUUAAACGAUCUGCACGUGAGUGCUCUCUUAUUAGAUUUUUAAUAUCAAAUUCAGUGAAAAAUCAAUAUAUACAUAUUUAUUAUAAUAAUGAUAAUAAUAAUACUUGAGAGAUGCUUUGUAGUACGCGCUAAAACAACACCGUAGAUUCAACAUCAACCGAGGUUCAGAGUUAAAAUGCCAAUGACGAGAUCCGAGACAGAAACGUGCUGUACCAUGCGUCACAGAGUAUCACGCCCACCACAAUCCCUGAAGAACACCCCACGCUAGUCAUUGACAGGCAUAUGUAAGGAGAUACUGUGUCAACACGUCAGGUUAAAGAUGAACAGCAACCUCUGUCACCACUGCAGUCCAAGGACACUAAGAAUGUGGCCCUGACAUUGUUUUUGGUUAAAGUCACCGAGCCAUUGGAUUUUAGUGAAGGGCAUAGGAGAUACUGUGUCAACACGUCAGGUUAAAGAUGAACAGCAACCUCUGUCACCACUGCAGUCCAAGGACACCAAGAAUGUGGCCCUGACAUUGUUUUUGGUUAAAGUCACCGAGCCAUUGGUUUUUAGUGAAGGGCAUUGACCAAAGUCAUACAGUGGGCAAUUGUUGACAUGAUAUUUGUGCGUUUUCUGAAGGAGGAUGACAUGAAGUACCAUUCGUACUUGACACUACAUGUAUAACUCCGAGCAAGUGCAAAAUAUAUGACAGGUUUAUCAACAGGAACGAUAUUCCAAGGGAAAGGAAAGACUAACAACCUUGUGUAACAGCACUCGUAGAGAUAGGUUUGCGUUAUCACAGCUGUGGGCCGGUUUGUUUUGCCAGGCCCGAUUCUCCCUGCCAUAUUUGACCAUUCGGAGCUAUACUCGUUCACGAAUGAUGCAAAACGAUGAUAAACACAAUUAAAGUAUGAACUAACAUCAGUAGCUAGUACUGACAAAAUGCAAUGCAAAGUGUCUCAUGAAGACAGCUUCAGACCCAAUGAUUCACAUUAAAGAUCAGUUUGCGCAAGACGCUCCACAUUGUGUAUGGUAUACUGUGAUAUGUGUUCUAACAUCGUGCACGCUUUACAAACUGUGGUAUCGUUUGAUAGGAGCUAGGCUGGCUCAGUAAAGGUUUCAACAUUAUUGCCUCGGCGCCGUGUGCUCCUCCGCAAACAUCAUCAUAUGACUUCGUGGAGGCAGUAACUGGAGAUUCCUGGAAUGCGCGGCCAGAUGGUGUUCUCUGCAAAAAUAUGUGAAUUGGUAAACAAGAAAAAAUAAAGACGUGCAGUUGGAAGGCUUCAUGUCGGGUAUAAUUGCUGGACUGUUUGCAGGAAGAACAGGAAGAUUUCAAACUCUUCCGAUUGUUUUGUUCAGUUUCACAUAUCUGUUUGCUCUGUGUGAAGAUUCCAAAAUCUUCAGAUUGUUUUGUUCAGUUUCACAUAUCUGUUUGCUCUGUGUGAAGAUUUCAAACUCUUCAGAUUGUUUUGUUCUGUUUCACAUAUCUGUUUGCUCUGUGUGAAGAUUCCAAACUCUUGCGAUUGUUUUGUUCAGUUUCACAUAUCUGUUUGCUGUGUGUGAAGAUUUCAAACUCUUGCGAUUGUUUUGUUCUGUUUCACAUAUCUGUUUGCUCUGUGGGAAGAUUCCAAACUCUUUAGAUUGUUAUGUUCAGUUUCACAUAUCUGUUUGCUGUGUGUGAAGAUUCCAAAAUCUUCAGAUUGUUAUGUUCAGUUUCACAUAUCUGUUUGCUCUGUGUGAAGAUUCCAAACUCUUGCUAUUGUUUCGUUCAGUUUCACAUAUCUGUUUGCUCUGUGGGAAGAUUCCAAACUCUUUAGAUUGUUUUGUUCAGUUUCACAUAUCUGUUUGCUCUGUGUGAAGAUUCCAAAAUCUUCAGAUUGUUAUGUUCAGUUUCACAUAUCUGUUUGCUCUGUGUGAAGAUUCCAAAAUCUUCAGAUUGUUAUGUUCAGUUUCACAUAUCUGUUUGCUCUGUGUGAAGAUUCCAAACUCUUGCUAUUGUUUCGUUCAGUUUCACAUAUCUGUUUGCUCUGUGUGAAAUUUCCAAACUCUUUAGAUUGUUUCGUUCAGUUUCACAUAUCUGUUUGCUGUGUGUGAAGAUUCCAAACUCUUUAGAUUGUUUUGUUCAGUUUCACAUAUCUGUUUGCUGUGUGUGAAGAUUCCAAACUCUUGCUAUUGUUUCGUUCAGUUUCACAUAUCUGUUUGCUCUGUGUGAAAUUUCCAAACUCUUUAGAUUGUUUCGUUCAGUUUCACAUAUCUGUUUGCUGUGUGUGAAGAUUCCAAACUCUUUAGAUUGUUUUGUUCUGUUUCACAUAUCUGUUUGCUGUGUGUGAAGAUUUCAAACUCUUGCGAUUGUUUUGUUCUGUUUCACAUAUCUGUUUGCUCUGUGUGAAAAUUCCAAAAUCUUCAGAUUGUUAUCUUCAGUUUCACAUAUCUGUUUGCUCUGUGUGAAGAUUCCAAACUCUUUAGAUUGAUUCGUUCAUUUUCACCUAUCUGCUCUGUGUGAAGAUUCCAAACUCUUGCGAUGGUUUUGUUCAUUUUCACAUAUCUGUUUGCUCGCUGUGAUACACAACAUUAAGUUUUCAUCAUCAUUUGCGUGAUAUGGAUUCUACGAAGAUUUGUCCUGUCAAAGUGCUUAUCGGAUACAGGAAACCUGUAGCGGAAACUCCCUAUUGUUUGAUUCCUUUUAAUUUGCCUGUACGUAGUUUUCCUACAUAUCCUAUAUAUAGGCCUCCUCGUUCCAGGUUUGUCCUACAUUUAUUCCCCAGCGUUACAUCCCAUGUUAGGAGUACUGCAUCUUCAAACCACUUACAAGGCUCAAAACGUAUAUUUUUUAUAUUGGUAUAUAUAUUUUUUAUUUUUUGUUUCAUCAGUUAUGAGCCAUUUCGUUUGCCUUUUAUUUUGGCCAGGUUCAACUAUUUAAUUUUUUCUUUUCAUUUUAAUGCAUAAAAAUUGGUCAGAAGAUUCCGUUGUUUUUUUUGUGUGUGUGUUGGUGUUUGUCACUAUCUAGCUGUGUUUCAUACUAGAAUAAUUGUUUUGCGUGAUUGGGAUUUAACGCUGUGCUUAGAAAUUUUUCAGUUCUAUGAUGGAGGUCAGGUUUGUGGAUUGAAGAAACCUGAGUGUCUAUAGCAAUCCUACUGACUUAAAAGAUGCAGCCCAAACAGCGAGGGCUGGUUUCGAACACGCGACCGUAUUGAUCACGAACUUGAUA